CCAAUCACACUGUACGUCAUUUGGAGUGUGAGAGAGAAAAAGAGAGAGAGAAAUCGUACCAGAAUCACCAUUGACUCCAUCCUGGCGUUAGGACAACGCGCUCUCAUUCAGACGUUCACACAACAGCUCUUGUUCAAUACUCCGUCCGAGGCUUGGAACGGGAACCAAAGGAAGUGUCAGGAUUCCAGAGUGGGCAAAAGGGCAGAUCCUCGCUCUUAAACCCAAGAUCCUAGACAGUGAGGGGGAGCUGAACGGGCAGGCAUGGAUGAGCAGGAUGGAGCACUCAGCUUCGACUUCGAGGGUGGUCUCGACGCCGGCAUCGCCAAUCCCGGUGGAACUGCCACCGUUCCCCUCGCCCCAUCGGAUCCUUCCGCCCCCGCUGGCGUCAGCGGCCUGCCAGCAUCCUCAACCGUCGACCCAGCGGCCGCCGCCGUAAACCCCAUGGCGCGCAGGAGCUUCCGACAGACGGUAUGCCGUCACUGGCUGCGGAGCCUCUGCAUGAAGGGCGAUGCUUGCGGCUUUCUCCAUCAGUAUGACAAGGCGCGAAUGCCCGUCUGUCGCUUCUUCCGCCUGUACGGCGAGUGCCGAGAGCAGGACUGCGUCUACAAGCACACUAACGAGGAUAUCAAAGAGUGCAACAUGUACAAACUGGGAUUCUGUCCAAAUGGGCCUGACUGCCGUUACAGGCAUGCAAAGCUUCCUGGACCUCCACCAUCAGUAGAAGAAGUAUUUCAAAAGAUUCAGCAGUUGAGUUCAUUUAGUUCAGGUCCUUCAAACAGGUUUUAUCAACAUAGAAAUGUUGGUUAUACACCACAAGGUGAAAAGACCCAGUUUCAACAAGGUUCUGUGGCAGUUAAUUCUGGAGCAACAGCAAAACCUUCUUCCAUUGGAGAUUGUGCUACUAUGCAUCAUCAGCAGUCACAAAAUCAGGUUCCCCAACAACAACAGGCCGGCCAAAGUCAGACCCAAAAUCUUUCAAACAGUUUACUGAACCAAGUUAACAGAUCUUCUGCUUCUCCACUCCCAAAGGGUCAAUCCAGGUAUUUUAUUGUUAAGAGUUGCAAUCGAGAAAAUCUGGACCUUUCUGUACAGAAAGGGAUUUGGGCAACACAACGAAGUAAUGAAGCAAAACUAAAUGAGGCUUUCGACACAUCAGAGAAUGUGAUAUUGAUAUUCUCAAUCAAUCGUACACGGAACUUUCAGGGAUGUGCAAGGAUGAUGUCAAAAACUGGUGGGUUUGGAGGUGGUGGAUGGAAGUAUGCUCAUGGGACUGCACACUAUGGUCGAAAUUUUUCUGUCAAAUGGCUAAAGCUGUGCGAGCUGUCAUUCCACAAAACUCGGCAUCUAAGGAACCCAUACAAUGAAAGUUUACCUGUGAAGAUCAGUCGUGAUUGUCAAGAGCUUGAACCUUUGAUUGGUGAGCAGCUGGCUUCUCUUCUCUAUCUUGAGCCAGAUAGUGAACUGAUGGCCAUUGCAGUUGCAGCAGAGACGAAGCGGGAGGAGGAAAAGACUAAGGGAGUCAGUACAGUGGAUGGCAUGGAAAAUCCUGACAUUGUUCCUUUUGAGGAGAACGAGGAAGAAGAGGAAGAGGAGAGUGACGAAGAAGAAGAGAGUUCAGGCCAUUCUCUUGGUGUGAUGCAAGCUAGGGGUGGGAGAGGAGGACCUGUUUGGCCUCCAACUCUGUUGGCUCGUGGAGGAAGGUCAGUGGCUGGAAUGAAUCCCAUGGGUUAUCCUCCAUUCAUGAUGGGUCCAGAUGCCUUCGGUUAUGGGACAGUUCCAACUGAUGGGUUCUCAAUACCUGACGUCUUUGCUGUUGCACCUCGCCCUUUUGGCCCUUUUGCUGCACCAAGGUUUCCUGGUGACUUCUCUGGUUUGGGUCAAUCUUCUGGGAUGAGCUUUCCUAUGGAGGCAGGUGGCCCAACAUCUGGGAUGGUUUUUCAUGGCCGACCACCACAGGCUGGUGCAAUGUUCCAGCCCAGUGGAGUCAGCAUGAUGAUGGGUGCUGCUCGGGGUUCAUUUAUGGGUGGGCUUGGCAUCCCACCUCGGGUUGGCAGGCCAAUCAGAAUGCCCUUCCGUGCACCUCCCCCACCUCUUCCACACGGAAGCAGUGGGCAGGGUAAGAGGGAUCAGAGGCGGUCUGUGACUGACAGGAGUAGUGGUGGAGACAGAUUCCCACCAGGUCAAGAGCAGAGUAGAGCUCCCGAUACAUCAAGCCCGGUCAAUGGAAUUGAACCAGAGCCAAGAUAUGGUCCACCUUUGAAAGGGCAGUUCCAGGACAGUUUUGGAGUAUCCAAUAACUUCAGACAUGACGAUAGUGAGAGUGAAGACGAGGCACCUCGUAGGUCGAGGCAUGGUGAAGGCAAGAAGAAGCGCCGAGAUUCUGGAGGUGGUGACACAUCAGGAGCGCAGUGGGACAUGACAGCCACUGAUCAGUAAAGCUAAGUUAGAGUAUCUAGCAUGGCCUUUCUUAAAUGAACCAAGCCUUGCCAGAUUUGGUCCCGCUUUUGUCUAGUAAGAGGGGUCUUGUGGGUUUCUCUCUGUUUAUACACUUUUUUUUCUUUUUUUUUCUUGGCAGUUAGAAUUCCAUUGUGCUCAUGAGGAGGGAGUUUCACUCCUCGAUAUUGAAGAUUCCAGAAGGCUUUGUAAAUUAAGGAACAAGCAUCUUACAUGAUGCCAAUUUUCAAGGGGAAGCAGCUCUUUCCCAAAUUCCUUCUCAUCUUCAGUGGACUGUUAAAGAGGAAGCAGCUCUUUUUUUUUCUUGGCGGUUAGAAUUCCAUUGUGCUCAUGAGGAGGGAGUUUCACUCCUCGAUAUUGAAGAUUCCAGAAGGCUUUGUAAAUUAAGGAACAAGCAUCUUACAUGAUGCCAAUUUUCAAGGGGAAGCAGCUCUUUCCCAAAUUCCUUCUCAUCUUCAGUGGACUGUUAAAGAGGUGGCUUUACCAGUA